UGACCUUCUUGUUUGGUUGGUGUGUCCCGUUCAUGACACAGCUCUGAUGCAUGCAGUUCUUUGGAGUGUUCAUCUGAGGUCUCUACCGAAGCUCUGAUCCCGCUGGCUUACUCGUACUGCACGCAGCUGCAGAAACCGAGAACGAGUCUUAUAUCUGAUGGUCCAAAGCUUCGCGUCUCUUCGAGGCCGAAGAAGCCACAGCCGUUCUCUCCACCUCACAGCCUACCUUUUCCUUCGUAAAGAUGAGUUCCUUCACUAUCCACCUCACGACUCUCUCCCUCAUCGUCUUCGUUGCCAUUCUUUACACGGAGAAGCGGUCUCUAGAGAAACCCCAGCAGCUGAAGCUAAUCAUACAGCAAGAGUACGUGCCGGUUCAGAGCAAGGAAUCUAAGUGGAAGGACGUGGGCAUGCCAUUCACCACUGAUAUAGCGAACGAUAUCAGCUUGCAGAUGGCCAAUGGGAGCACCACGAAGGGUGCAGGUGCGCCCCUCGCCGCAGGAGGGACGGAGAAGGAGAAGGAAGAGGAGGAGGAAGAGGAACUGGACGUGGAUGUGGAUGGCGAGGACGAUGAGUAUGUGCCGUUCGCCGUCGGGAGGACCGAAGAAGGGUGUGAUGUGUUCAGCGGCAAGUGGGUGUACGACAAGGCGUCGAUGCCUCAUUACGCCGAGCAGGAGUGCCGCUACAUCAACCCUCAGUUCAAGUGCGAAGCUUUUGGGAGGCCCGACAGGGCUUACCAGUUUUGGAGAUGGCAACCUCAUGGAUGCUCUCUGCAGAGAUUCAACGCCACGUUCAUGCUGGAACGGCUGAGAGGCAAGCGCAUCUUGUUCGUCGGAGACUCCUUGAGCGGCGGCCAGUUCUUCUCCAUGGUGUGUCUCCUGGACCGACACAUCGCCCGCUUCCGCAAGGGCCAUAAACGCUCUCCAUCCCUUACCAUCUUCGCAGCUCCGGAGUACAACGUCACGAUCGAGUUCUACUGGGCACCAUUUCUCGUCGAAUCGAACUGCGACAACUCGACGAAUCACCGGGUGAAGGAACGAGUCAUACAUCUGUAUCCAGGAUCGAUCGAGAAGCAUGCCGAGGACUGGAAGGGAGCAGAUGUUUUGGUCUUCAACACGUAUACGUGGUGGCUGACAGGAACGAACAUGAAGACUCUGCGCGGGGCUUCUCGAGAUGGAGCAAAGUUCAUCAAGGAGAUGGAGCUUGAGAAGGCGUACCGGCUGGUGUUGAAGAGGAUGGUGAGGUGGCUGGAGAGGAACUUGGAUCCCCUCAAGACCAGAGUCUUCUUCACAAGCAUGUCACCUACUCAUUUCAGGAGCAUUGACUGGGGAGGGGAUCGCCAGGGGAACUGCUACGGGCAAAGGAUGCCGAUAUUUGACCCAACCUACUGGGGCUCUGCUUCGAAGAAGAGCGUGAUGCAGGUGGUCUCCGAGGUCCUGGGCAAGACGAAGCUUCCCAUCACCGUCCUCAACAUCACACAGCUCUCGGAGUAUCGCAGGGACGCGCACACCAGCAUCUACAAGCAGCAAAGGUACCCGCUGACGAACCAGCAGAGAAGAAACCCGAGGAGCUACGCCGACUGCGUGCAUUGGUGCUUGCCUGGCCUCCAGGACACCUGGAAUGAGCUCUUCUACAACAAGCUCUUCUUCCCUUAGGACAGAGAGGCUCAUCCAUUCAGUUCAUCGUCUUCAGUAAACUCCAGUCUUGAUCUCAGACUGUAGUGAAGCAGCAGCAGUUAAGCAGAUCAGACUAACACUUUGUUUAGGUCAAAGAAGGAUUACAAUUGCCUGCUCCUCAUGCAUCUUGAGGGACAAAGAACACGCAUCAACAAACUUUCUUUGAUGGGACCUCAGAACAUGUUCUGCUGAGAUGCAAAACCACAUCCGGCCAAAGGCAUUCCUUUUCUCAUCUGAUUCCACUCGCUUUGUGCUUCUUUCUCAUAAUUUAUCCACCUUGCAAAAGAUAAUAAAAAGGGGAAAUAAAAUUACUCCUUUCUUU